GCGGGGAAUGUGGAAGUGGAAAAGUCUAGAACGAAUUUACUCUUUGACCAUUAAGGUUACCAUCCAUCAAUAGAAGAGAAUGAUAUUUUUACUAUACAAAAUGUAGUUAAUUGGCGAAUUGAUCAGAUUAUGGACCGAAUGCUGCUUACUUUCUAAUACUUCAGUAGGAGAUCUAGAAUAACUUAUCUCAUUCAUUUACACAAUGCUGACCGCUUAUGAUUACCUCAGACGCAUCUUCCUUGUUCGAUUUUCUUUCCAAAAAUCCCUACGACAUAUUAUAUGCAGGAUGACCAACACAAGCAUGUGAAUAUAAAGUGGCAUGAUAUAUAUAUGUAUAUAUUCCCAAGUCUUCAAUUCUGCAACUCGUCCCAUUCUCAUCUCCCACCAAACCCUCAACAAAUCCAUCCAUCCACACCACCCAAAAUGCUCAUCCCAACCAAAACCGGCACCGCCGAAUACGCGAUUCCCGGCCUCUCCACCCCCUGCAAAACCUGGUACCAAAUCCACGGCUCCCUCACCUCGCCCACCCCACCGCUCAUAAUCCUCCACGGCGGCCCCGGCGCAACCCACGAAUACCUCCUCCCGCUCACUGAUCUCGCUCCCUCCACCCCCCUAAUCUUCUACGACCAAAUCGGCAACGGUCUCUCGACCCACCUCCGCGAAAAGGCCGGCGAUGAAGAAUUCUGGUCCUUCGACCUCUUCAUCCGCGAACUCGAUAAUCUAAUCCUGCAUCUCCAUCUCCAAGACCGGCCGUUCGAUAUCCUCGGUCAUUCAUGGGGCGGAAUGCUCGCUGCAGAAUGGAGUAUCAAAUCUACUUAUUCCUCUCAGCUUCGUCGCUUAAUCCUCUCGAAUACUCUCGCGAGUAUCGAGACCUACGAGCGUGGGGUUGCGGGGCUCAAAAAUAAACUUCCCGAGGAUGUACAGAGGGUUUUGGAUCGCGCGGACGAGACUGGAGAUUAUGAGUCCCCGGAAUAUGAAGCUGCGGUUGAGGUUUUUUAUCAGAGACAUUUGAGUUUGACGAGGCCGUGGCCGCCGAGGGAAAUGGUGGCCGUGCAGAAGUGGCUGGUGGAGGAUCCGACGGUUUAUGGCACGAUGCUCGGUCCAAGCGAACUCGUCGUGACGGGUAAUCUUCGCAACUGGACAUGUAUUCCAAACAUGCAUAAAAUCAAAGUCCCAACGCUUAUGAUUAAUGGUCUAGAGGAUGAAGUACAAGAUGUGACGAUGAGGCCAUUUUUCGAGCAUAUUGACAAAGUGAAGUGGAUUGUGUUGGAUGGUGCGGCGCAUUUGUCGCAUGUGGAUCAGAGGGUGAAGUAUAUGGGGGUUGUGAGAGAGUUUUUGGGGAGUGUUUGAGGGGUUGUGAUGGGAAUAUGAGGGAGAUGGUGAUGGUGAUGGUGAUGGGGGAUGCUAGGUUAAAAAAAAGGGGGGGGGGGGGAGUACGAAUCUGUUUUGUUCUAUGGAAUUGUCUGUCUAUUUGAGUAUUGCAUGUAUUCCUCGAUAUAUCCCACUCUCUUGAAUUGAAUAUACGUCAAAGAAAAUUAAUUCGCCGUGUUUUGAUUAUCAAUAAUCGAUCAUCUCAUCAUUCAAUUUCCAACAUAUCUCACACAUAGUUCUUCUAUACUACUACCCCCUGAUGACGAAGAAUCCCAAUGUUAAUCAGGAUACUCA